CGGUUAGUAACAGCAAACAUGGCAGCAAAGCCCACCUAAAGUUUUCAUGUAGCUCGCUGGUUAGCAGCGUUUGCUUGUUAAAUUAAAGGAUAUGGGGACAAAACAACAAAUUACACGGACACGAAGUAACUGAACGGCACUCUAUGUCUCAGUAAGUUUGGUGUCCAAACGGAUAAAAUACGGCUUUCCUCGCGAUAUCUCAUGACUGCGAUGACGUGCAAAUUAAAUGGCCUGUUCAGCAUUGGCGAGGACUUUGAUGAUGAGGACCUGCUCGGGACAGACUGGGCUGUCCGCUCAGCCUCUGGACCAGCCGAUGUGGCAGCUGCUGUGUCAUCUUGCACGCUCCGGGCUUCCUCUGCCGCUCACAGAGAGCCGGAGAAAAAUUGCCCUCAGCAAACUGGAGCGAGAUCAGCCAUCUUGUGUAAUGGCACAGCAUCAAGAAGCAGCACGCACACGGCUGCUGGACAAACUGUUGCUCUGGGUUUGAGACAGCUCUCCUCCUCCUCCUCCUCCUCCUCCUCCUCCUCCUCUGCUCAGCCCCUUCCCCCCACACUGAAUAAUUCUCAGCCUAAUUUGGCAUCACAACAGAGUCAUGCCAACACCGAGGGACCACCAAAGCCCUGCACGGCUCAGGAUGAUUUUGAUGAUUGGGAUGUUGACCUGGCAGAUCUGGAUGAGUGUGACCGCCAGAUGGGGCAGCCUCCUGCUCCAGCCCCACCUGCGCCCGAGGUUGCGCUUGCAUCUUCAGCCAAAACGCUGCGACCCCCGACCUGUGGAGGGAUUCAGACACAACCUAAUCGGACCCUGAGGGACGUCAGCACUGCACGCCAGGCUUCAUCUAGUCAUAACUUACAGCCUCAGAUUUCCUCCACACCCCUUCUGCUAUCUCCAAAUCCCCAUCCUGCUUUCCUGUCAGCCCCUCCACAGAGUCCUACUGUUUUCCCUGGUCUUACUGCGUCCUCUGCUGCCCCUAGCCCCAUUCCCAGGACACUAAACAGGCCCCAGCAGCCACAGAGACCAUUUACAACUCCUAAACCCUCCCCUCAGGACCGCACCCUCUUUCAGACAGUCUCCCCAGCGCCUUCUUCCACCCCUUCUGUGAGCUCCUCCACUCUGAGCCCUCAUCCCCUACACACACCAGUCCUCACCAACCGCCUGGUCCAGUUGGUGUCAGCUUCUAAUAAGCUUCCUAAAAAGAGGCCUCGCUCCGAGCCUCAUCUGCCAAGAACGCGACGCUUCCCCGGCCCCGCUGGAUUCCUGCCGCAGCAGCCGCAGGGUCAGAGCCUGGAUGACAUCGUGGUUUCUGUCCCUCAGAUUCCAGCUCAUGGUGUUGUGGCCCGGUCACCAAGCCAGGGCUCCGGCUCACAGACUGAAGAAGAUGAGUUCAGCGGCGGCGCCUGGGCAGCGAUGAAGGCAGAGAUGGGCUUGGAUGAGAGGAACCCUUUAUGCUUUCUGCACUCCUACAGUGUGGUCAUGGUGCUCCGAAAGGCUGCACUGAAACAGCUGAUGAGAAACAAAGUGCCCAACAUGGCUGUCGUCCUGAAGAGCAUCAUCUACACACAUGCUGAUGCCAAGGCUGUGUUUAAGGAUCCAACAGGGGAGAUUCAGGGAACAGUGCAUCGGCGUCUCCUAGAGGACCGAGUGGAGGAGCUGAAGGUCGGAGCUGUACUCCUGCUCAAACAAGUGGGUGUGUUUUCCCCCUCCCAUCGAAACCAUUACCUGAACGUGACACCUAAUAACCUGCUGAGGAUCUACUCCCCCGAUGGAGUCAGUCUGUCCUCCACUCAGCUUCCCCCGCUCAUCCUGGAGCCGAUGUUGCUUUCACCCACUCGGCCUCCCACCGCCAUCCUCAGGGAGCCCGUGUCUCAGAUGCAGCUGGUGUUUGACGAGGACGAUGACGAAGGACAAGAGGGGGGGAAAUGCUCCGAGAGAGGCGAAGACCCUCAAGACAGAAGAGACACUAGAGCCGACUCCAGCAGAGGCCCCCAAGAGCCUGCUGCAGCACCACAGGACUCAGGCUGGGUUGCAGAUGAUGACCUGGAUGAACUCCUGGGAGAGUUACCUGAGGACACAUACAGCCUCUGAUGUAACAUCAGCAACCCUUCUGUACAGACUGUCCACACGGACUGGGGUUAUAUCCUGACUAACCAACUGUAAAGACAUUAUCCUUUGCUUUCCUGACAUCACCUCAAUAAAAUCAUAAAAGUCUGAACGCUGACGAACUUGUGAAAAUGUGUAAAUGUUGUAAAGACUUUUUUUUUGUUUGAUAUCAGUUCAUAAAAACCACAGAGAAGUCUUGAGUUAA